CCGCUGACUUGCCGUGACUAUACUGUGGGUUGUAUCUGCCCCAUGGGGGUGGAACUGGCUCCCGUUGAGGCAAUGCUCGACAAUGUCCACCCGAGUCUGCCCACUCAGCGAGCGCAAAAUAACUACACCUUGGGAGAAAUAUGUGGCCAUAACGCGGUGAUCGCUGUUCUACCAGAGAUUGGGAACAAUGCGGCAGCGACAGUGGCAGUUCAGUUGCUCAACGAUUUCCCCUGUGUUCGAUUUAGUCUGCUGGUGGGCAUUGGCGGGGGCGUACCCGACGAAGAGGCAGAUGGCAAUGAUAUUCGCUUAGGAGAUGUGGUGGUCAGCAAGCCCACUGACUCCUUCGGUGGAGUUGUGCAGUUCGAUUUUGGCAAGGAAGCCAGUGCCGGCUUCAAGCGGACGGGGUUCUUGAACAAACCACCCAUAAUCUUGCGGUCGGCGGUUCAGAAACUUAUUGCGCGCCACGAAAAGGAAGAGAGCCGAAUCCUUCAGCACAUGGAAGAGAUGAUCAGUAAGUUCCCGAAGAUGGGGGAGAAAUAUAUCUACCCAGGGGGAGGGCAAGACCAGUUAUUUCGCUCACACUAUGACCAUCAAGGAGGGUCCACGUGCAGGUUUUGUGACAAAACAGAGAUAGUGAAUCGUCCUGUUCGAUCUAAUCCCUACCCACAUAUUCAUUACGGGACGAUAGGAUCCGCCAACAAGGUCAUGAAAAAUGGUAGAGAGCGAGACAACUUAAAGAUGGAAACGAAAAUUCUCUGCGUGGAAAUGGAGGCGGCUGGGUUGAUGGAUACAUUUCCAUGCCUGGUCGUCCGAGGCAUAUGUGACUACGCCGAUUCUCACAAGAACAAGAAAUGGCAGCCCUACGCAGCGGCGGUGGCGGCGGCUUACAUGAAAGAGCUGCUGUCCGUCAUA